AUGUGGCAGCAUCCGGAAACUUGGAGAAUUGCAGACAUUGAUGUGUCGUAUUGUCUGGCUGAAGUUCUACUGGAGAAGUGCAGGCUUCAGCUCAGUCUACCAUUGGCAUUCGUUGUGGUUUUCCUCAACGCCAUCAAGGCGAUUUGCAUGGUCACUAUGCUGUUCGGAGGCAAGAAGAAGAUGGACCACUCGCUGAUCAUGAACAUUGGAGAUACCGUCGCAUCGUUCCUUGAUCGAUCCGAAGCGAUCACCAAGAACAUGUGUCUAGCAUCAUCGGAUGACCUCAGGCUCAUGCUCAUCGCCGCCAUCUUCCUCCUCAACAAAGGCUUCAAGUCCGCAAAUCCGAACGCAAGCGUAUCGCCCCUCACAAUAAUGAAGUCCAUAGGCUGGAGCGCACCCGACGUCCGUACCAUGAUCUACGGCCCCACAAAAGACCUCAUCGCCAACGCCAUAAUUGCAAACUCUCCCCAACUCAUCCUCUCGUGGGUGUACUUCUCCUACAACGGCCUGCUCACACUGCUCGCCAUGGCGCGAGAGUGGGAGUCAUACAUGCUGCACCGCAAGGGUCUGCGCGUCUCUGAUGCCCCGCAGGGAAAGCAGCGAUCGACGUAUUUUCUGCAAUUGCCCUACCGACUCGCGAUUCCGUUUAUGUUCGUCUCGGGCUUUCUGCACUGGAUCGUCUCGCAGUCUUUCUUUCUGUUACGAUACGGAUGA